AUGUACACUGGCCUCAUGGAAUCAGCUCGAGGCACAGGUGCAAAGCUGCAGGAUGUGGUCAAAACUCUGGCUCCGUCAUCAGAAAAGGGAGCUCCCAGCCGUGUGUCUGUGUCUGUGGUGAAGAAGAUUCGAGACAUAGGUGAUAUGCUUGAUGAAGCUCAAGCAGAUGUGUACAAGGAGGAGUGGAUGUCCCUCAAGGUAUACCCUUCAAUUCUUCGAGCGUUUCUUCCGCUGAUGGAAUACUAUGAGAAAGAAGCCUUCAAUGACGGCAAUGGCGACAAGUACGUAAAUGCAGCAACCCGCGAUAGCUUAACUUUCUAUCGCCUGCAGAUGGCUGUCAACAUUGAUCGGCUUGAAAAGGCAAUAGAGAACCAGAAAGUCCGCGAAGUGGAAGAGGCCUUUGCAAAGACAUCCCUGUCCUAUGACAGAUUCCUGAAAGCUGGUGAUUUGUAUCAAGGAUAUGACCCUGUGACUUCUACGACCGUUUUCUUCAAGAAUAUCAGCGAUGACCAGCUGCGGUACACACCUCUUGCGCUGCAGCAGCCACAGAUUCGAGAUGAGGUGCUUGUGCUGCAAGGUCCAGACAAGGGAAAGGUUGGGCGCAUCAUUUGGCUAGGCCGCGAAAAUGGCGACGACCUGGACAGCAAGGUUCUUUCAGCUGUGGUGAAGUUGGAACCAAACCCCGUGCUUGGCGUCUCGAAGAGUGGUGGAGUACGAGAGGUCAAAGCAUAUCCGUACUCCUGGCUGGUGAUGACUCGUGGCAGUGAUGAGAGCUAUGUUCAAGAUCUGGUCCUCGCAACUGUCGCAGCGAUUGUCUCUUGCUCCCUCACCUAUCCUUUGGAGACACUCAAGGCAAGGGCUCAAUCAAAUCUGCCACUCUUGCCUCCAGAAGGUCCUCAAGCGCUUUUCCGGGGCUUGACGCUGAAUGUUCUGCGAGAGGCGCCAAAUCAAGGAUUCCUCAUGGCAGGCUUUAACUACUUCACGAGAUUUGCAGUUAGCCUACCCUUCAUCAAUGGAAACGACCCCAACCUCAAGUUUUUGCUGAUGAUCCCUUCAGGCAUUUUGGCGAUGUGUUCGGGUGCCUUUGUCAAAGCUCCCGUGAUAGACAUUAGCAAGCAAGUUCAAGCUGGACUUGCUCAAAACGCUGGCGAGGCUUUGGAGAAUGUGUAUUUGAAACCGAGUCCUUCGCAGGUCACGAAGCGCUUAGGGCGCAACUUGAUGCUGACAGUCAUCCGAGGAGUGCCCUUCGGAGCUUUCCAGUGCUUCAUCUAUGAGAUAUUGAAGGAUAAGACACCACCCUUGCUGGAAAGCCUGGGGGUGCCUAUUUGGUUUGAACCCUUCAUUUGGGGCGGAGUGGCUGGCUUUUGUACUGGCUACUUGACAAACCCGCCGGACGUUGUGAUGCAGCGGUUGGCUUUGGAAUCAAAUGAUACGGAGGCGAAGCAAAGCAUUUUCACGGUCCGAGCAUUGUCGCAGUCAAUGGAACAGAAAGAUGACAAGCCCUUCAGCAUUGAGGGAACCUGGGAAGAGAUUGUGCAAGCCACGAAAAAGGUUCUUGAUGAUGAGGGUCUUGCUGGCUUUGGCAAAGGUGCUUUUGAGAAUGCCGUAUAUUUUCUUCCAGAAGCAAUGGUAUGGUUUGGUGUCUACGAAGCAUUGAAGGGUCUCUCGAACAGUGGCCCACCCUGCACUGGUGACGGACUUUUUUUUUUUUGCAGGUUCAACCUGUGUCGACUUUUGAGUGAAUUGCUUUCCAACUAA